CAGAGUUUAUUUUAUUGUUUACAGUUAACACACCGAUUUAGUGUUUACGAUUAUAUUUUGGCGGUGGUCUUUAUUUUAUAAUUCAUAGUUCAUACAUUAGUUGGGCUCUUUCAUUAUUAAUUUGUGUAUUGAAUAGUACGUAUGAUAGUUUCACGCCAGAGUCGGAAGUGUGAAUAGCCACUGUAAACCACAAAAUGUUUUAUCAUAUCGCACUAGAACACGACGUACUGCUUCAUCCUCGGUAUUUUGGUCCACAGUUAUUAGACACAGUAAAACAAAAGUUGUAUCGUGAGGUUGAAGGCACGUGUACUGGAAAGUAUGGAUUUGUUAUUGCUGUAACUCAUAUUGAUAAUAUUGGCUGUGGAUUAAUUUUGCCUGGUCAAGGAUUUGUUGUAUAUACUGUUAAGUAUAAAGCUAUUGUUUUCCGGCCCUUUAAAGGUGAAGUUUUGGAAGCUGUAGUUACUCAAUUAAACAAAGUAGGAAUGUUUGCCGAAAUUGGACCACUUUCCUGUUUUAUAUCUCAUCAUUCCAUACCAUCAGAGCUACAAUUUUGUCCAAAUACUUCACCUCCAUGUUACAAAUCAAAAGAAGAAAAUAUAGCAAUACAGCCGGAAGACACAAUUAGAUUGAAAAUUGUUGGAACACGUGUUGAUGCAUCAGGAAUAUUUGCUAUUGGUACAUUGAUGGAUGACUAUUUAGGAUUAAUUCAUUAAGAUAAGGAUGCGUCAAAUUUAAUUUUUUUUUUUUUUUAUUGUAUAUUGUACAUAGUAAUGUAUAAAUAAAAUGAAAA